UGAUUGAGCGAUUACAUUGUAAAAUAAAUAAAUAAAGUGAAUUUUGAAAUUCGUAAUCACAGUAAUGUAAAUAAUAAUUAACUUAUCAAAGGAUUUUAAUGAAAAUGGCCCUGUUAGAUUUAAUGCAAAUUUACAAAAACGUAUUUUCGAAAAAGGUUGCACAUUGUGCGUUGUGUUAUAAAAGUGAAGCUGAGACGCAGUUAGUGCAUUCAAGGGUUUACAAAAAGAUCGUUGAAGCUUUAAAAUAUUCAGAACUUUUCACACAGAACAAGCAACUGUGCUACAUGUGCGAGAGACGUAUGACAUCAUUUAUGCGUUUAAUGGACAACCUCCAGCUGGCAGUGGAGGUGCAAAGAGUGUUUAUCAGCGCUGAUAUGUGCGAUGAAUAUAAGAGAAAUAUAAUGCAGGACAAUCUUAAUGCCUAUCAAAACGACUUUAUAAAAUUUAGAAACAGAAUGCAAUUGUACAAAACAAAUACAUUGGUUGUGGAUUCUCUCGAGACUCCAUGUCCACGGUAUCCUUCAAAUACAAAACAACAAUAUCCUAAAACAUCUAAUAUGGAGACGGUAUUUAUAAAUGAUGUAGAACCAUUAAAAGAAAUAGGUACAAAAGUACACACAACAUUACUUAAUACAUUAGAAUUUCCUGUUGCGUUAUCAAAUUCCAACAUGGUAUUAACACUCGGUCCUGACAAUAAUCUUUACAUUGCUCCUUGUAUAACUGUUGAUGGCACAAACAAUACGGAUUCAGACAACAAAAAUACAACAAUAGAAUCUAAUAAUGUGAUAAAAACACAAAACGAAGAAAUAACUUGGAAAGAUAAAUCAAGGAAUAUAUUAAAUUUUCCAAAAAGACCUGAUCUUUUACCGAAAAAGAGAUCACUAGAAGAAGAUGUGACUGUGAAAAAAAAUAAAACACAUAAUCUACCUUUGAUAGUGGAUUGUAAAACGGAUAAAUUUGCAUUCAUUGAAGAUGAAUCCAAAAAUAUGGAACAAGUUGAAGAUACAAUGGAAUCUCAGCCGGAAGUUGUGAAACAUCCGAUCAGAACAGACUCUGCAGUCGAUUGGGAAGACAAAAUACCUAUGGAAGUUAUAUCUUUUGCGGACGAGAAAUCAACUUCAAUGGCAGAAAUAAAAUUAAUAAGUCAGCCUAAGACUAAAGAACCAGAAUAUAUAGAUCUGUCUUGAAAAAUAAAUAGUGAAGUGAAGUGAAAAUUGUGCAAGUUAUUUAAGAAUUGACAAUUUAAAAGUGUUACAAUCACAAUGUCUAAUGGAUUGACAAUAAAGGAAAUUAAAAUUUUGCGACAUGGCAAUACUGAAAACUAACUGUCAAAUUAUUUGACAACGGCUUUUUUUGUUACUUUUUUUCCUAUAUUGAGUUAAGAAAAGCAUUAAAUAAAUUAUUAAAUCUUGUCUGAUCGUUUGUCUGCCGACUUUUUCUUGACAAUUGAGCCCUACGUACACCAGGCUACGUAAAUCUUGUGAAAUCCGGCGAUUUUAGUCGCUAAGCGACUUACGCAAUACAUUAUAGAGGUUCGUUCUUUAGU